AUGAUGUUCAGCCAUAUCGUCUGGAGUGACAAAUCUUGUACUCUAAAAGAAUUUGUCGAUGAAUACCCGCUUCCGCAACUGAUCAAAGUCGAAAGCGGGGUCUACAAUGACGACGAUGCGAGAACGCUAUCAGCAGAGCAGAUUCUCACCCUACAUAUCACCAAACGGAGCGAUAAGGUGUUAGUGAGGGCUGCCGAAAACAAACAGUAUUUCCUACCGGUAACAUGUCCACAUAAAGUUGAGAUUCUUCCAAAAUUUUGUCAAGACAAAUAUUACAGUGUGGAAGAUAUUACCAGCUCUUUUACAGCCCCAGAUUUUAAAUUUAUUCGUGUGGUACAUAACGGUCCGCCUUCGCUUCGAAUACGAGCUGGGGACAUAUUAAAACUCAAGAAAACUGAAGAGGAAAAUCGGGUUAAGUAUCUUGAAUGUGAGUUUUAUAAUAAGACUCAAGACUCUGUGAUGCUUCCAUUAGAAUUCAAAGCUGCCUUCGAGCCCUUAGCCAGCCCGGAAGAGUAUCAUUUGCAAGAAGUUCUGAGUUCGUUUACACUUCCUGUUCGCGUGAAGUUUACCUCCAGUGACACUAUAAUACAAGAUGCUACGAACACUAACAUUGAAUUGCAAUCGCUCGGUUCGGUUCUCUUAAAAGAAAUUCGAGAGGAAAUUACAGUUAUUGCUACAAGUCGUGACGACGAAACUGUCACCGUUUUAAUGAUUCCUUCUGAUUUGGAUGUGAAAGUGAAUCCUGCUCUCGGGGCCGUAAAAGGUGAUUCAACGUACGCAAGAUUCUGUAAAGAAAUCCACGAUGGAACAGAACUUUCCAAAAUCGACCUUUUGAAUAGUUCGAAAUUGCUAGAAUAUUCUGAGGAACCUACCGUUGAUGUUGUCUAUGAUUAUGUUGAGAUAGGUCCACCACUUCCUCCUCGGUCAGUCUCCAAACGAAGUGAACCGACAGAUUCCGAUGAAGAUUAUGAAGAUGUAGACCUACCUCCCCCCAGACCACCAAAACCAUCUCCUAAACCAAACCUGAGAUCAGCCCAUCAAAACGAGAAAACCGAUGGUGUUUUCCCUUCCAUGUGCUCCAGAUCUUACAGUUCUGAGAAACCAUUAUCUUUUAACAAAGAUGGUGACGAUGACAGUGAGGAUGACGAUGGCGAGUAUGAAGAUUUUGACCCGGUCUUUGGGAGCUCAGAUGACGAAGAGGAUGUCUAUCCACAGACAGAUCUACCAGGGGCAGAAAUGCCUAGUGACAGAGGAAAAGAAAAACGUAGUUCCCAUGAAGAACCUGAAAAACUUAAUCUCAAGACACGAGUUUCAGCCAUUCUCAAGAAGGCCAUUGCCAAGUCACCUACGUCUCCACCCGCCUCCCGAUUGCCCUCUACCACUUAUGCCAACAUCCCAACCCAAAGGCUGCGUCCACCCCCACAACGACAAUCACCUGAGAAAAGUCUUUCCACUUCACCUUCCCCUGUGGCUUCUCAUUUAUCCCAGGGGUACCCCUAUGAUCUAUCAAGUCUUUCUGUUUCAGAAGUGGGAGAAUGCCUCAAAAAGCUUAACCUGGGAGAGCACGUUAAAGCUUUUGAAAACCAAACCGUUGAUGGGAGUCUUCUGAAGAAUCUAAGUGAACAAGAACUGAUAGACCUUGGAGUAACUAAAUUAUUUCAAAGGAAUAAACUUCUUCAUUUUAUACAGGGAUGGAGGCCUAAAAUGAAUUAA